UCUAGCGGUCGGCGGAGACUGGACCAAGCACAUGGCGUCUCAGUGGCAGGGCAUGACGGCCUCCGUGCACAGACGAUCACUCCUGAAGAAGGAACAACUGGAAAAGGAAGCAACGAGGUCUGCUGGGGGCCAUCUGGAGACUGGUCCCUUGGGUUCCCUGUGCAGACAAUUCCAAAGGAGGCUGCCACUGAGAGCAGUCAGCCUCAACUUCGGGAAUGGACCUUCCUGGAAACGCCUGGAAACCGCAGAGCCAGAGCAGCAGGGUUUUCAAGCUGCAGCACGCUCAGCCAAAAGCACCUUGGGUGCCAUGUCCCAGAGGAUCCAGGAGUCCUGCCAAAGUGGCACCAAGUGGCUGAUGGGAACACAGGUGAAAGUGAGGAGGAAGCGAGGAGCCCAGAAAGACAGAGGGUCCCCACCACCCAGUCUGAGCCAGAAGAACACUCGGCUACGCAGGGUCAACCGGGAUGCCAGAGUUGGGGGACACCCUUGCCUCUCUGGCCAGAUGGGUCUACAUGCUCAUCGACGGCAGCGGCUAAGGAGGGAGUCUGCCCUCCGGAGCCCCUGUUCCUCCACAGAACCUCUCUGUUCUCCCAGUGAGUCUGACAGUGACCUAGAGCCUGUGGGAGCUGGAAUCCACCAUCUGCAGAAGCUGUCACAGAAGCUGGACAAAGCCAUCAAGGCUGAAGAGAGUGGUGACAUGACUGUCUCCCUUAUCCGUGAAUGA